AAAUACCCAAAUAGGUUAUUUGUACAACAAAUACAGCGGUUGACCGAUUACUACAAAAACAAUAGAUCAAAUCUAGGUCUACUACAAAACUUCAAUCAUUUCUACCAAACGAAGAAUGGAACUGAAUAUUUCUUUCCUGUCCGGGUUGGGUUGCGGUCUUUGCCUAGGCCUGUCCCUGUUUGCUCUUAGGAAAUAUCUAGGAGUAUUUUCCAACGCCAGCAAAGCCGUAGAAACUAUUAAGAAGUUCAAAUCCAGGUCCGAAUACAAACUCGUACUAGUAGUCCGAACAGACUUGCAGAUGUCCAAAGGUAAAAUAGCCGCUCAAUGUGGCCAUGCGUCAGUAGGAGCCUUUGAAAAGGCUCAGCGGAAGGACCCAGAGGGCUUAGAGCAGUGGCAGAUGACCGGUCAAGCCAAGAUAGCCUUAAAAACAGACUCCGUUGAUGAAAUAAAAAAGUUAGCAGAGAAAGCGAAGAAAAUGGGAGUAGUUACUUCAAUGAUCAGAGAUGCCGGGCGCACUCAGAUUGCGGCCAAUUCUAUAACUGUUCUAGGAGUAGGGCCAGCACCUAAAGACGUUAUUGAUGAAAUCACUGGACACUUGAAACUUCUGUGAGAAUUUAGCAUUAUAAGUCACUUCUCUAAAGUGAAAGAACUAAGUUCUUUCAGACAACAUGAUGUUGCGCAUUUAUUUUAAGUACAGAUGUUAAUAAAUCAUAUUUGUUAAC